AUUUUGCAGUAAAAAAUAAAAAUUUAUAUAGAUAUACUUUGCUUCACAAGGAAUGUAUUUGAUUUACCAUCUACUUCUUACACCUAUACUUUCUUUCCUAUACCUUAACUUGUCAACCUCUUUCUUGGAUACCCUGUUCCCGACCUUUUUUCUAUUAGCAUAGACACUUAAAAAAAUGUUACGACUAAAUUUCAUGCGCCAGCAUCUUACAACAAUUCAGAGACCUUUUCUAACUGGUCUGUCUUUGCGAGGAUACAGCAAGAUGAGCGGUAAAAUGAGUGAUAUCAAAACCCUCAGAAUGGAAAAUACAGCUUCUAUAGAUAUUAUUAAACAGGCGGUUGAAGAAGCAGGGGUUGGAAACCUUGAAAAAGCAAGAGAGAUCCUUUCAAAGAAAAUUCAACAGCGCGGAGGAAAGAUUGCUGAGAAAACUAAAGAUCGCAUCGCUAAGCAAGGAUGGAUAUCUCAAUGCUUGUCGGCUGAUCAAAGAAAAGCAAUUACGGUUGAAAUUAAUUGUGAAUCCGAUUUCGUAAGUCAAACAGCAUCUUUCCAAGAGUUCUCCAGAUCAGUUGCUUCUUGCCUUCUUCCUCUUAUCCGUUCAAAUGAAGCCACCUUUUGCUUGAACAAUACUGAUGUUAACACCUUGCUUCAAGACAAGACUUUGGCGAUCCCGGCAGACUCUAUUAACGCGGAUACCAACGUCGGAACUUUGAAUGAUUAUUUACUGAAAGCCUCCUCUUUGACUGGGGAAAAGGUAACCAUUAACAGAAUUCUUUGCUUCAACGCUUUGCAACCUAAUUCACGUAUCGGUAUUUAUGCCCAUGGAGCAACAGCUGCCGCUUCUACCCAACUCGGACGAAUCGCCUCCAUGGCACUUGUUGAGAAGUCAUCAGAUGACUGUUCUAAAAUAGCCGGCUUGGUUGCAAAAGAGAUUGUUGCCCAAGCACCAGAGUCUACCGACGAGCUUCUAUCUUUGCCUUCUGUUUCUCAGUCGCCCAAUACAGUUCAGGAAUUACUAAAUGGAGGCACUAUCCUAAAUUGGAUUCGUUGGGAACGUGGUACUUCUUAAGUCACUACUUGACUGAUGUUCUUGCAUUCAACUUUUUUGUUAAUCUCCUCUCGUUCUUAAAAUUACGAUAGCUACAGCUUUCAAUUGCUUUAAUAUUAUAGUCUUUAAAUCUUUAGAUAUUAUCGAUUAUUGCCAACCUUCAAACCCAAAUUUUUCGUUUUUUUUCUGAUUACUGUACUUGUACCA